UAAUCUGUGAUUAACAUAAAACAAAUCAGCCAAUAAAAUGAUUAUGGGUCAAUUAAUUGGAUUCUAAAUUCUGAUUCUGGUUAUUAAGAAAAAAGUAUCCGAGGUAGCCGAAAUAAUGUUUUAGUUGUAUAUUUGGGGGCAAUGUGGAUCACGUGAGAUUUUAAUAAUCAUUCUUAUUUGUGUUAAUCGAUUGGAAUCCGUGAUUCAAAGGGCACCUUAAUCUUUCGAUUAAAUUUUAAUAUUUAUUUCAUCUAGUUGGUCUGGCCACUCCAGAUUAUUUAAAUGGACCAGUACAAGCUAACUCCGCACUUGCAGAGAUUUUAAAAUUCUGAUUGUUUGAUCACCAUAGUCAACAAUGGGAGAAGUUGAUCAGAGCUUUAUCCAAGCUGUUGAACACAGGCCUAAACUCACUUUCACUGAGGCUCAAGGCAUCCCAUUGAUUGAUCUUUCAAUAUCAGAUACACAACUUGUUGUUUCCCAAAUAGGCCAUGCUUGUGAAAACUGGGGGUUUUUCCAGGUGAUCAAUCACGGGGUUCCUGUAAAAUUACGCGAAAAGCUCGAGUCUGCAUCGAGGAGCUUCUUUGCUCAGCCGAAAGAGGAGAAGCUCAAGGUAAAGAGGGAUGAAUUGAAUCCAUUUGGAUAUUAUGACACUGAGCACACUAAAAAUGUUCGAGACUGGAAAGAAGUGUUCGAUUGUACAGUUGAGAAUCCAACAAUAUUGCCUGCUUCUCCGGAUCCUGAUGAUAAGGAACUGAUCACCUUGGUUAAUUACUGGCCUGAAAAUCCUAAAAAUUUCAGGGAGGCAUGCGAAGAAUACGCUCAAGAAAUGACAAGACUUUCUUUCAAAUUAAUAGAGCUCUUAGCUUUGAGCCUAAGCUUGGAAGCAAACAGGUUCAAUGAGUUCUUUAAGGAGUCAACCAGCCGUCUCAGGCUCAACUACUAUCCGCCCUGCCCUGUCCCUGACCUAGUCCUUGGCGUUGGUCAACAUAAAGAUGCAGGUGGCCUGACCAUUCUGUAUCAGGACAGUGUAGGAGGACUUGAAGUGAGGCAAAAAUCUGAUGGAGAGUGGAUUAGGGUAAAACCUACUCCUAAUGCUUACAUUAUCAAUGUCGGCGAUGCAAUUCAGGUGUGGAGUAAUGAUAAGUAUGAAAGUGCAGAGCACAGGGCAAUGGUGAAUCCAGCAAAGGAAAGAUAUUCGAUUCCGUUUUUCUUUGAUCCUGCUCAUUCGACAACAGUGAAGCCUCUGCAUGAGCUGACAAGUGAUGAAAACCCUCCAAAGUUCAAGGCCUACAACUGGGGGAAGUUUACAAUGAACAGAAAACAAAGUAAUUUCAAGAAACUUGACGUAGAAAAUAUUCAGACAUAUCAUUUCAGGGUAUCUGAAUAGUACCCUGUAAACAUAUACAACUGGAUAUCAAAUAAGGCUGCGAUCUCAUGGUAGGAUUGUUGUCAUGUCAGAAGCAAAAUAAUGUACACCAGUUUCAGUUCAGCUUUCAGCUUCUACUUUGAAUGAUGUGUAAUAAAUUAUAAUUUCGGAUGGAUGGUGUAUAAUGAUAUAUAAUAUUAACAUCCAGUUCAUUAGGACACACAA